UAACUAAGCUCGCUGAAGCAAAGCCUGUCAAAAUCAAGUGGCAGAGCGCAGCCCAGUAGUUCUCGUUUGCCAGCAAGGAGCGUAAGCCGAGCUGCGGCUUUCGACCGAUUCGUGUCGCGCGUUGCAAUAUCCAUCGAUCGAUCUUCGAAUCGUCGCUUUUCUCUCGUUUCUUCAUUCGCUUUCGCGGCUCUCCCCAAGUUGUUCUCUGUUCUCUUUCCGAGUGUUUUCGACGGGUGGUUCCUGGGCUCUAGGUCUCUGUGCCCCCGCUGCUUUGUUGUGACAGACGAGAGGAGUAGAGCAUGACGAGGAAGCAAACGUUGAUCGUGAAGCUAAAGAGAUCCAACACCGACAGACCCUGGGGAAUACGUAUCGCCGGAGGCUCUGAUUUGGGCACACCGAUCGUCGUCACCCGCUCGGAGAACGAGGCGCUCCAGAGGGGUGAUGUGAUCAAGAAAAUCGACGAGUACGACGUGCGAGACGUGAGGCAUGUAGACGCCCAGAAACUCCUUCAAACCUCUGAAUCUAUAAAGCUUGUAGUCGAAAGGUCUGAGCCGUCGAGUGCAUCUCGUAUCAACAUUACCAAGUCACCUCCGAUUAUCAAGCCGAGCAUUGGCAACAGGGCUGCGGUCACUAGUCUACCAAGACCGCCAAAGAUACCUGAACAACUGCCGAAGAGCCCAGUGCCGCCGCCAGGUAUCGACGAAUACAGUCGGCCCGCGACCCCGUUGGAACCAUACGUGCCCCAUGAUCAUCUCGAUGAGAUUCGACAGGAGAGAGUGACAUUGUCGCAGCCAUACCGUACGACUCCUCUGGUCUUGCCAGGUGCUAAGGUCAAGAAGGAUGCUCCCCUUGGAGAAUGUUACCUACGUCACCAUCCGAAUCCCAUGAUCAGGGCGGCUCCGCACCAUUACGAACAGGCUCAUCCCGAUAUUGCUAUGAAGCAAAAGGUGGCGGAAACGGUACUUCAGCGUGUCUUGGGACCGAACGAAGUUCCAAAGGUAGUCCACAAGCAAUUCAACUCACCGAUCGGCCUCUACUCCGAACAGAAUAUCGCUGACACCAUCAAAUGCCAAGCGUCCGCAAUACCCAUUUUCAUAGACUUUUCCUUCGUGAAACAGAGACAAGAAAUACAGGAGCAGGCGAGACUUUUGAAGGAGCAGGCCCAGGCCGCCUCCUCGAAGAACGUGUGGCCGCAAUUCAAUAAGCCGAAGAAGAAACCGAUGAAGUACGAUCCGAGCAAGAGCGAGGCCUACAAGGCACUGCAAGAGGAAGGCGAAGACACAGUGCAGGAAGUGAAACAACCGGCGCGCACCGGUGUUUUCUCCCCACAAAAGGUUUAUCAAAACAGGGUACAGUAUGCCCGGCCGAAGAGUCCCGCGCCAUAUGUAACUGUCCUCGAAGACGACGGCGAGAAGAUCCACCAGAGUAACAGCUUCAAGAGGAUUAUGUACAGUGUGCUGGGACAAACUGAUUAUUAAUUAUCACCCUCGAACUGAUCCUAUAAAUAUAUCUUAUUUAUAAUACACAAAUAUAUAUGUAUAUAUAUAUAUAUAUCUGUACGUAUAUAAUUUUAUUUAUUGUAUGAUGCAAUAAACGUUAAUAAGAUUGUCGACUACAGAACAGCAAUUUAA